AUGAUCCAAUUCACCCCUUUAAAUGCCGAUACUACUCCUUCGCAAUCCCAGAUAUUAGUGGAUCCUCUCGAUGCACCGGCAGAUAAUAAUGGUAUCCCAUUAGCACAGCGAAUAACUAGAUUAAAGUAUUGUAUUUUAAGAAAUUAUGGUGAAAUAUUUGAGAAAGAGUAUGAGAUGCAAAAGACAAUGAUGGAUGCACAAAAUGCGAUUGAAUAUUAUAAGAGGGCAUUGCAAAUAGAUCCUAGUGAUCAUAGCAUUCGAUUAAAGAUUGGCAGGCUUGCCAUGUCUGAAGAGAUUAAUGAUCGUGAAUCUGCUUUGUGGGCUUUUAAAAAGAUUCUUGAAGAUAUUAACAUAAUACCGUCAUCUGUAAACUCUGAGGAGUCAUGCUCUAUGUUCAAUAUGCUUAUACCUAGCCAUAAGGACGCAUUGGAAGAAUAUUGUCGUCUUUUAUACGAUUUUGGUGAAUUUCAAAAUUGUUUGAAUGCGAUCGAUAAAGGUUUAACCUUUGAUCCUUAUAAUCGGGUGCUAAAUCAAUUGAGAAGUCAGCUCUUGAAAGAUACAUGGGUUAAAUUUUUAUUACCAAGGAGUUAUUAUGAAACGGCCCCUCCUUUAAGACAUUCAUUUUUGUUGGAAACUGUACCAAGGCGAAUUAAAUCAUCAGGCCAUUUCACUUCUGCAACUGUUUCUUCCUACCACAUUCAUUUACAGAAUACUACAUGGGCGGGGUUGGGAGAGUUAUUGUUAGAUACUUAUGAUGGAAUGUUGAACGGUCGGAUUAAAUUGGAAAAUGACACACAUACAAGUAAACGUAUUGUAAUUGGUUUGGAAAUCACUAAACCUUCACCAACCAUUGAUUUAAAUGGCACUGCUCAAAAACGUAAAAGGAAAGAAGUACCAACAGAUAGCAUUAGUGAUAAAUCAAUGAACUUAAGGGUUAAUCGGAAAGCCUCGAAGAUAACAGAUGAGAUUAAUACUUUUAACAAUCAGCGCAGUAAAUUAGCCUCGGCAUUCACAGAAAAAAUAGAAUCAACCAUUACAAAGUUAGAUCCCGAUUUUUGGCUUAAUGAUCAAUUAUCAAAUAUUGAUGAUCAAACAGACAAAUUUUUAGAAUAUUUUACAAAAGCUUGGACCUUUCAUGUUUCUCGUGAGGACCAUGUAGAUAUGAUAGAACAGGCAAUUAAUACAUCAAGGCCGAAAGCGACAUCAGACCCGCGUUUUUACAGGUUUACUCCCAAUACGAAGCCAUAUGUUCCUGCAUCAUAUUUUAUCGAUUCUCCAGAAGCGCAUUCAAUGUUAAUUGCAUUUAUUGAAAAGAUGAAUGAUAUAAAUUCUGGAAUAUUGGAUUGUUUAUGUAUGUACGUUAUGCAUUUGUUCGGACAUUUUGUGCGUUCUGAUGAUGGAACUUUUAAGGCCUUAUGGCUUUGUCGUUGGCCCGAUAAUUUGAAAGAGGUUACGAGGGUGAUUCUCUCAAGAAUUGAUCGUAGUCUGCUUGAGAUGAUUGAAAAUUCUUGUACUAGUUGGGACGAAAAAAGUAACUUAGUUGAGAUAAUGAUGAAUGAUAGUGAGGAUAAUAUUUUUACACAGAUGAAACAAAAAUCUGAGAUAAUUAUGGGCAUUUGUGAAUUCUUGUCUGAUUCACAAAUCAUGAGUACUCGAACUACUACUUCGUAUAUUGGCCAACAAACUUCUACAGAUGUUCAAGAAAUUCCUCUGACAUUACAGUCUACAUUAGAUAUCUGUAAGAAAAGCCUUGUAUAUUCAUAUUGGAAUAUGCAGGAUUUUGUGAAUAAUGCUGGUAUUUGUGCGUUAAAUUCCGAAAUUGGUGAUGAAUGGAGCCAUCAUUAUGACAUAUGGAAAACUUGGUCAUCUCAACUAAAUGCUCGAUUAUGGUGGUGUAUUGCUCGAAUGGAAUUAUGGAAAGGAGAGUUAGACAAGUCUAUUAUGUCUUUUGAACAGUGUAAGCAAAGCUACGCUUUUGGUGAACACAAGGAUGAUAUUGUAAUUGUAAACUGUGGUUUUGAUUCAAACAUAAAUCUAUCAAACAUAAAUUAUAAAAUAUGUAUUUUAGAAUCUAGCAGAGAUGAGUCACAAAGUGAAUGGACACGCACAGUUUCUCAUUUUACAGAUUCUAUAAAAUUUUUGCAAAAUGCUGUGUCUGAUGUCAUCAGUCAGGACAGGAUUAUCCACUUUUGGGCUACCAUUCAUUCGGUUAAUGAAUCACUUGUUGAAGUGAUCAGAUGCCUUUCAAUUGGCAAUAAAUUUGUGGACCUGGCAAAGAAUGAUCAAAAAACUUUCAAACGAUGUCUUCAUGUGUUGUAUUCAACUGCCCUCGAAGUUAUUUUUCCUCGCAGUAUGAAGUUGGAAAGAGCAACAGCAGAAAUUAGUGAACCACUAAAUAUAUUAUGUGUUCGAACUUGGGUUUUGUUUUGUUACUUAUUACGACAAUACGUAUCAAAUUCAGUGACAGAUGACUUUGCUGACUUCCUUGAGGCUGUACAUGACCAACUUGGAGUACGUCACAUAUGUGGAAUCGAUAAUGGUAUAUUUUUGAAAUUCGUCCUCAAAACACUCACAGAAUUACACCCAUCGGAUUAUAGGCAACAUGAAUAUCAAUGUUGUCAUUGUCUAUAUAGAGUUUCACUAAGUGUUGAUACGACUCCACCAAAAAAUCAUAAUACACCUGCUGUUGAUCUCGAUCAUGAAACCGCUGAGUUAUUGUUCCGAGAGAUACGAAACUAUUUAAACCAGAAAUCAGAUAAAAUGUACAAGGCAUGGGCGAUAAAGAAUGAUGUUAAAGAUACAUUAGACAAGAUAGCGAACAUGUUUCCUCCUCCACGCGAUGAUCGAUUUUCUAAAUGCAGCUGGAAAACCCGACAUUUUCUUGAUGAUGAUAUUAACUUUUACGAGGCAGUUCAAUACAAAGAACAUAAUCAUGAUGUCAAAGAACUCGGCUCUGUCUCUGGUCGAGAUUCCGAUAGGGCUCUCGCCGAUCUAUAUUAUUUUAGAGGCAAAAUACUCUUAAAUCAGUUUAAAACACGAUCAAAAGCUAAUGUCAAUAAGGCUGUCGAUAUGUUUGCUUCAUGGUACGCAUUGGGUAUUUGUUAUGCAAAUUUGGCUGAUGAAAACCUUACCUGGAGUGCUGCUGAGAUUAACGAUAAUCGGGCCGAAAUCGCCAAUUAUCAAAAGAAAUCGUUUCAAUGUUUUGCGAGAGCUUCCAAAGUGAUACAUUUGUUUUCAAACCAACAAUUAACCACACCGAUCGAAGAGAUCAACUUUUGGCGGGAUUAUGGUUAUCAAGUGUAUGCAAUGAUGUCGGAACCAAUGUCAAUGGAAGCCUUCUCGUUAAGUCCUUGUCAUGCGGAAAUUUGGUGCAAACCCGAUGAUACACAAGCAUGCCAAUUUGCGGCUUAUUGUUUUGGCAAGGCAUUGGAACUUGAAUCCCAAUUAUUGAAACAAAGUGAUAUUGCUAAUAUUACUCCGGAAUAUACACCAAAUGAUACGCCCAAUGAAACCGCGCAUAACUCACCAUAUGGUACUCCCGUUGAAACUCCAACCAAUUCUUCAGUUGCUUCUACAAAUGGUUCUGCAAGUACUGUGCCAAUUGUCAGGGAUUGGAGAAUACCUUACAUGGUUGGCAAAUGUUACCAAAGACUUCGGAAAAAGCCUGAGGUGGUAAUUCAACUAUACAAACUAGCAGUAUCACGAACGCCAGAGAGGUCAGGUAUUGCCGGCCAAGAAAAAAUUUUGGAUGCUGAAUACAAAUUGACAUCUUCGCUGGCGAAAUAUUUAAUAACUAAUAAAAUUAAACCAUCAUUUGUUGAGCAAUCAAUUGGCUUUACUGAUGAUGACACGGCGACUAUAGAUUAUACAAACGAAGGCUCUGUUUUUAAUAUACAAAGACCGGAAUAUCAGAGAGCAUAUAAUCUUAUAUGUAUGAAAUUAGAAAAUAUAAGAAAAGCGGACAAAAAUAAGUGGCACCAUCGUCCAGUAUUCAGGUUGGCUUUAACCUUAAGUAUGUCAUUUAAGCAUGCAUGGUUAAUUAACCAUGUUGAACAAAAACCGGAAGAAGCAAAAGCGUUACUACAGAAUCUCUUCCAAUUAAAAGCAUCAUCUAAUAAAUCUGUAAUGAACGUAUGGAAACCAGAAUUUGAAAGAGCGGGCAGGCAUUUUGUUUAUGUACAUGAGUAUAUCUUAUUUCUUAUUGAAUUAGCAAGGUCAACUAGAGAUAUUUCCACGCUUAAAACGAUGGAUACUAAACUAUCAAAGGCAGUAAAUAUAUUGCUUAAAGAAAGUAUAAUUCGAGCAUGUAUGGCGAAUGCUUUUCAAUAUGUAGAACAAGCACGAAGUCUAACGAUAAUGGAAAAUAAUGAUCAAGAUGACGCUGAAAAUUUAGAACGUUACGAGCCAGUUCUGAUUAUUGAGCAUACUGAACAAUCGAAUGUUAUGUCAGUAGCGGCCCUUAUAACACAAGAUGAUGUGAUGGAUUCAUAUAAUUAG